AUGGACUACACCAAUACAUCUCAUGAGCGAUAUGAGCCAAGCCUCGAUAUCCCCCACGACUCCCGCAGCGACUCUGACGACACAAUCGAUCAAAUCAAUUCUCUCGAACUCACCCGUAUCAACACAUAUCGACUUCAACAAAAGACUACAGUUGGCUCGACAAAAGGACCAAUUCCACGUGAAAAAUGGCUUCCAAUGGGCGCCAGCAAACAAUACCCACCAAUACUCCCAGACUCCGAGGCCUACGUGGUGGAAUUUGAUGGCGCGAAGGAUCCAUUGCACCCAUAUAACUGGUCAAUGCUGAGACGCAUAUGCUUGGUUUGCAUUUUGUGCUACGGUACGUUUGCAGGCUCAUUUGCAAGCGCUGUGUUCUCAGCAGCUAUCUCUGGUGUCAGUCAGGAAUUUCACACCAGCACAGAGGUCGGCUCUCUUGGAGUGACGCUCUAUGUUCUCGGGUUCGCUGCUGGUCCAACAAUUUGGGCUCCAGCAUCUGAACUUAUUGGGAGGCGCUGGCCAUUGUCAGUGGGACUUCUUGGCUGUGGCAUCUUCACGAUAGCAUGUGGGGCCGCCAAAGACAUCCAGACUAUUAUGAUCUGUCGAUUCUUUGCUGGUCUUUUUGCAGCUAGUCCCAUUUCAAUUGUUCCCGCAGUUUUUGCAGACCUGUUUAAUAAUGCUCAACGGGGUGUCGUCAUGUCGAUCUUCUGUAUGGCAGUGUUCAUUGGGCCCUUUGCGGCACCCUUCGUGGGUGGCUUUAUCGCAAUGAGCUCACUGGGGUGGCGGUGGACAAUGUACGUCUCAGCAAUCAUGGUCUUCCUAGGCUUUGGCUUGGUUGUGGUUUUCCUUGAUGAAUCUUAUGCACCUGUGAUCCUCGUGCGUAAGGCGGCCACCCUACGCCGCCAGACCCACAACUGGGGAAUUCACGCAAAGCAAGACGAGGUGGAGGUUGAUUUCAAAGAGCUCGUUAGAAACAACUUCGCAAGGCCACUUGUGAUGUUGAUUACUGAGCCCAUUCUGCUUCUUAUAUCACUCUAUAUCUCGUUCAUCUAUGGCCUCAUCUAUGCUCUUCUAGGUGCAUACCCUGUUGUCUUCCAAGGGGUGUAUGGCAUGAAUAUGGGUGUUGGUGGACUGGCAUUUAUUGGUCUUAUCCUCGGAGAGCUUCUCGGUGGCAUUUUUGUUCUCUUAAUACAGGGAUCUUAUGCUAGAAAGCUGGCAGCCAAUAGUGACAGGCCUAUUCCUGAAUGGCGCCUCCCUUCCGCCAUCUUGGGAGCUGUUGUGUUCGCCGGUGGAAUGUUUUGGUAA